AAUAGAAGAGGGGGGCGCAGAUUGCGGCGGAGGGUUUGUCUGUGGACAUCUCUGUCCGUUCGUGUCGCUGAAAUUGGCCGCACACAAUGUGCGCUCCCCGCUAUCUGCUCGUCUUUGUGUGCUCGUUGGAUGGUGUGUGAGGCCCCGGCUCCGGUGUGAGCUGCUCUUGCCCCUCCCCGGCCGCCUCCCGCGGCAAUAUGUUCAAGAGGAUGGCUGAAUUCGGGCCGGACUCCGGAGGGAGAGUGAAGGGCGUUACAAUUGUGAAACCUGUAGUCUACGGAAAUGUGGCACGAUAUUUUGGUAAGAAGAGAGAAGAAGAUGGCCAUACUCACCAGUGGACUGUUUAUGUGAAGCCAUAUCGUAAUGAGGACAUGUCUGCUUAUGUUAAGAAAAUUCAGUUUAAGUUGCAUGAAAGUUAUGGAAAUCCCCUGAGAGUUGUUACCAAGCCUCCUUAUGAAAUUACAGAGACUGGAUGGGGUGAAUUUGAAAUCAUCAUAAAAAUAUUUUUCAUCGAUCCAAAUGAAAGACCGGUCACUUUGUAUCAUUUGUUGAAGCUGUUUCAGUCUGACACAAACGCUAUGCUAGGAAAGAAGACUGUGGUUUCAGAGUUCUAUGAUGAAAUGAUAUUUCAAGAUCCCACAGCUAUGAUGCAGCAGCUCCUGACAACCUCACGCCAGUUAACGCUUGGAGCUUAUAAACAUGAAACAGAAUUUACAGAAUUCGAAACAAAAACGAAAGAAAAGGUGGAAGCUGCCAAGAAGAAGACCGGCUUUGAAAUAUCAGAGUUAAAAGAGAGAUUGAAAGCCAGUCGGGAAACUAUAAACUGUUUGAAAAAUGAGAUCAAGAAAUUAGAGGAAGAUGAUCAGUCUAAAGAUAUAUAAACUAUUGUACAGUUUUUUAAUGUAAAUACAUAUUUGUAACUAUUGCUUCUGAGCUUUGUUUCUUUAUAAACACUUUUGAUUCUUCAAGUGGAAAUAUAGGUGAAGUACA